UGAGGUGACCCUUGACCUAGUCUUCUGCUCCAAAAGGACAAAAAUGGCGGAGGCGGCGGCACCGAAGUCGCAGCUCGACUACGAGCAAACUUUGAUGUAUGGCAAAUACACCAAAGAGCUCGGUGACUAUGCACGGGUGGAAGCGGAGAGGCUGCGGGCGCAGCGCGAGAGGAGGCGGGAAAAGGAGCGAAGGGCGGCCUUCAUGAAAUACAAGGAGGAGUCACGAUGGCAGAGAUGCAAAUUGUUAAGGAGGAUGUGGGAGGCUCUACCUGAGGUGCAAGCAUACAUGAUCUGGUGCAGAAAUGUUGUGUUUGCCAAGAUCGGAGAAGACUGGAUCUUCCUGCUCCUCCUGGGGGUCUCCAUGGCCCUGCUCAGCUUUGCUGUGGACUUCACCAUCGCUAAGUGCCAGAAAGCUCACUACUGGUUAUACAUGGAGCUGUCCCAGUACCCCUUGCUACAGUACCUGGCCUGGGUGAUGUUUCCUGUCAUUUUCAUCUCCUUUUCCGCUGGUUUCACCCAUAUUGUGUCUGCUAAUGCUAUAGGUUCUGGUAUCCCUGAGAUGAAGACCAUCCUGCGGGGAGUGGUGCUGAAGGAGUAUCUGUCGUUUAGAACUCUCAUCGCAAAAAUCAUCGGACUCAUCACCGCCUUGGGAAGCGGGCUUCCCCUCGGCAAGGAAGGUCCAUUUGUACACAUAGCCAGUAUGGUUGCCCAACUUCUCAGUAAACUUGUCACGUCUUUCAGGGGUAUCUAUGAGAAUGAAUCCAGAAACAGUGAAAUGUUAGCAGCAGCCUGUGCAGUGGGUGUUUCCUGUAACUUUGCUGCACCAAUCGGGGGUGUGUUAUUCAGUAUAGAGGUAACAUCAACAUACUUUGCUGUGAGAAACUACUGGCGGGGGUUCUUUAGUGCUGUUUGUGGUGCCUUCAUCUUCAGACUACUGGCUGUGUGGAACAGGGAGGAAGAAACCAUCACUGCCCUGUUCAAGACCCAGUUCAGAGUAGACUACCCCUUUGAUGUACAGGAGCUGUUGGCCUUUGCAGUCAUAGGGAUUGUGUGUGGCUUUGGAGGGGCUCUUUUUGUGUACUUCCACAGACAAGUUGUAUACUUCAACAGGAAGCACAGGAGACUAACUUACUUCCUACAGAAAAACCGGUUCAUCUAUCCCGCCAUUAUCGCCUUUGUGGUCUCAUCUCUCACCUUCCCCCUGGGCCUGGGGCAGUACAUGGCUGGGGAGCUGACCCAGAAAGAAGCAAUAAACGAGCUGUUUGACAACCACACGUGGACCAAGGGUCAGGCUGACGUGGACGAGGAACUCAUCAUCAGUCACUGGAAACAUCCACAGUCCAACAUAUUUGUCACACUCGUCAUCUUUAUAGUCAUGAAUUUCUGGAUGUCAGCUAUGGCGGUGACGUUACCUGUUCCAGCCGGGGUCUUCAUUCCUGUGUUUGUACUUGGUGCUGCGUUUGGGCGACUGGUGGGCGAGAGUAUGGCUGCCUGGUUUCCCCUGGGGGUCAGGUCAGAUGGGAUCCCCCACAGGAUCAUCCCAGGGGGGUAUGCUGUAGCAGGUGCUGCAGCGUUAUCAGGAGCGGUAACCCACACCGUUUCCACGUCCGUUAUCGUGUUUGAGCUGACGGGACAGAUAGCGCACAUCCUGCCCGUCCUCAUAGCCGUCCUCGUGGCUAACGUGAUCUCGCAGUGGCUCCAACCGUCCAUCUACGACAGCAUCAUACAGAUCAAGAGACUUCCAUACCUACCUGACAUCGGCAGUGGCGGAUCUGGGAGGGUACAAGGGUGGUUCCCAGAGUCCAUGAUUCUGCUGGGUUCUGUUAAACGAUGGGAGCUGGAGGACAUCAUGGAAGACCACCUAAGUAACGCCAGAAGACGCCUGGUGAUGGCACAUACCAACCAUCCAUCAGUGCGAUUCAAUGCAGCAGGUGAUGGAGACAUUGAGAUGAAGGACAUCAGGGUGGUCCAACGUGAGGAGGAGGAGGAAGAUGAAGAGGAUGGGGCAGCACCAACCAACCAGGAGACAGUCACAGUGGUGGACUUUACCAGACAUGGUAUCAGUGCCGCCCCUGCUGACCCUCCAAAGUCCAUCCUGAAGAAAAGUCCCAUCUCCAGCCCAGCCACCAGUCCCAACGGUAGUCCAAAAGCUAAAGCCAAGAAGGUCAAAAGCCAAUUUGCCAAGAGAACACGUGGAAGUGUAGAUAUAAGGCCCAAGGAGAUGGAGAGGGUCUGGAAAGACAGGAAGAUCGCAGGGAAGGGAAAGAAAGACUAUCCCAACCCUCACCAUGAGAGCCCCUACAGAAGCAUGUUCAGGCCCAGAGAGGAUGCACCAGAAACCUUGACUGCCAUGGUUGAACCUAUUCAGAGUUUUCUUUUACUCUCUUCUAUGUCUCCUAUGCACAGACAACAGAGGAGACCUAGUCUACAUAGAGCUUCAGAUGACUGGAAACCCUUUCCCCAGCUCACGGCAUGGGAGGAAGAGCAGCUACAGGAUAGAAUCAACUUUGAUGCAGUCACCAUCGACCCAGCACCCUUCCAGCUGGUGGAGAGGACAUCUCUACAUAAAGUCCACUCCCUCUUCUCCCUGUUGGGUCUUCACCACGCCUACGUCACCACCAUCGGCAGGUUAAUAGGGGUCGUCUCACUCAAGGAGGUUCGGAAAGCGAUUGAAGGUACUCAGGAGGACGUGAUGGAAGCACCGAAGACUCAAAAGAGGAAAACAUCCACCGACAUUCGCAUGUCAGACUUAGAUCAGACAGAAUCUUCAGAGGAGGAGGAUAACCGCCUUAUGUCGGACAGUAGCGACGAGGGCGCGACGAGACAAGAGUUUCGUUUCACCGUGACAGAUGUAGACGAUGAAGGCAUAGAAGAUAGCAAAGUAUAGAUGGACCAUAGCUGUUCAAUCUUCGGACAGGCUAAAAACUGUGAAUUUAUAGUCUGUAAUGUUAUGCAUUUCAUGUUGCAGCACAGGGUUCAAGCCAGCAUCCGUCUUUCCGUCGUUGCACAGAAUUUUGCAGCUGGGGACGGAAAAAAAUUUUGGCCAUUCUGUCCUCUGUGACGUAGGAAAAUUCUCAUGUAAAGUUAUUAAACAAAUGAAAUUUUGCAAAGAUCUCAGAGGGUCUUGAUUUCAAAAUUUUCUCGCCCCCCUAGGACCAUUGUGUGGAAGCCUCUGGCGCUCAACAGGAUUUCCGUUAAAAAAUUAGGGGACAGAAAAAAUUUCAGGCUGGCUAGAACACUGCAUACACACUUUGUAAUUCAUGUUUAGCCAAAUAGGUAUAUGUAACUGUUACUCUUCCAACUUAUGUGCCUCUGAUCUUAACUCAAAACUGAAAGGGCUUUGCUUCUUUGAGUUAGCAAUUGUCACAUAAUGAAUGAAUCAAUUGUAGUCCAACAUGUAAAGCUACUUACAUUUGAUAACUUUCAUGCAACUGUUCAGUAUGAUAUCCAGAAUUUCAAUAUAUGAUAUAUCCGUUCAUACACAGGGAAGAGACACUUUGUAGAGUAUAAUUCUUAUAUCUUUGAUAGAUGAAAAUUAUCAGAUGACUUUCCGUAUGCCUAUUACUGAAGUAGUGAAUUGAUGAUUUUUGUCCAUCAGUGAUAUUAAUCAUGGCUUAAGUUCUCUGAAUCAGAGUUUUUAUUGCAUAUUUGUAUCACCUAUUGUUUUUCGUACAGGGUGUAACAAAAUGUUGAAUAAUUCACUUAUUGCAAUAUUGUAAUAAGAAGCCAUUGGGCUAUGUUCAAUAUGUGUGGAUAAGUGCAAAUACACAAAGAAUGAAGUUCUAGAUCUAGUGCCUAACUACAUGUAUAUGGAAGUCCACUAUUUAUCUUGAGCAUUUUGAGUUGAUUUUAAGGUGCAUAUUGGAUUUACAUACAUGUACUCUCCAAGAAGAGGUUGGUGGAAAGGAUCGUGAACUUUUCCUUUCAUCCGUUUUUUCAUCUACCAAUCGGAAAGAUCGGUCCAUAAAAAAAUGAUGAAAGAAAAGGAUCACGAUUUUUUUCCAACAACCUCUGCUUGGAGAGUAGGAUUUCCAUUUUUGAACGUCAUAUCUUUAGAAUGUAGUAGUAUUGACUCGCAUAACUCAAAAUGGACCGAUCUUGAC